ACGAGCUUUAUGAAAUCAGCACAGUUGACACAGCAGAUUCUUGUAAAGAGUUCACUUAAACACUAUAAUCUUGAAAAAAUAAUUCAUCAAAAUGACUAGUUCCAAAUCUACUAUUAUCCGCGUCUUUUGUGUACUACAAGUAUUCGCAUUAAGCAUUGCACAUCCAUUAUUGGAGGAGUCAGCGCAAUAUAAUGACGAAGCCACGGUUUAUAUGGUAGAUGACCAGAACUGGAGUGAGGACAAUCCUUCAGAGCUUUUUGUUCGUCAUGUGCGUUCACCUUCUUCUUCUGGAGAAUCUUCAAAGGAAGAUAACAGGCGCAGAAUUCAAAUAAAGUAUGAAAAUACGAAGGCAGGACGGGAGGGCAGCAUCACGUACAAUCAGAACUUGCUAAAAAGCGACGACGGCAGUUUUAGUCUGGAUGCCUAUGCGCAGGGUAGACGUAAUUAUGAUUGGAAUCGAAACGAUUUCCAGGGUGGACUCGAAGGAUACUGGAAUUUUAAGGGCUAAUGCAAUAAAAUAAAAAUACUAGCAAACACAACAUAACAAAUAAAUUGUAUAUGUAUAGACCAGUUAUGGUGUAAUGUAAUCAAAGUCAACUAAGUUACUUUAUUCAUCGAAAAUUGUAUAAUUGAUUAAGUAAAUAUGACUGAGAAAUUAAACUAAACCGUUACUAUCUGAAAUCAUAAAA